GUCAAAUCCACUGUCUCUCGACCUGCAUAAAAGUUAAAAAAAGAAAAAUGUUUCAUUCAAUCAGCUUCGACUCUUUAAACAAAAGGUUUUCUCCUACAAUCUACAAACGUUUAGUCAACGCUGCACACGCAAUUCCUAAAUCCGUUUCUUCGUUUAAAAGUAUCUCUGACUUGUUGAACUGCUGACGGUGUUGUUGCCGAACGAAAUCGUAUCGUUCAGCUCAAACCAGCAUCAGCAACCGUUUGCUAAGCACAUAGUCUACCACAUCUUUUGCCGUUUUCUUUCUCUCUCGCUCAAUAUAAAUAGCUAUUUUCCUAAUCACAACGCGUCCUACGCAAACAAAACUUGCGAAACGGAAACGUCGGAUACGAAACUAAAUAUUCAUCGCAUCCUGUGCAAACUGACUCUAAUUCAACUCGUCGACUGCUAUGUGCCUGUAGCAUGACUGAAACAGCCACCUGGUCGGAAGGUAGCUGUUGGAAAAAUGUACGCCAAUGUUAAAUCUUUCUCUCCUAACACCUAAGCUCCAAGUGCUCGAGCGUAGAUUAAUUUUCAUACGAUAUACCUGCGUAUAUGAAAUGUCUUUUAACAAACAGUGGCCUGCAUUGAAACCUCCUCAGUUCACGAUGAAGCAUUUCUGGCGAGGCUACGAACAGAAAAAUCUUCUAACAAUACAAUGGAGAUUACACCCCACGAGGCGCAAUCAGGAAGCUUCGCCCAGUCAGUGUGCGAUCGAUGUUUGAGUUUUGCGCCGACGAGGUUCCGAAGGGGAUUUGGCUCAUGACGCAGCAGGGUCCGGACGAAUUUGUUGACAUAAAUUAGCGAUAACAUGUUCGUCCGGCAGCGUUGUCAUUUCAGCACGGCGACGGCAAACAAGCCAAACAAAUAGCCCCGCCGUUGGAGAUGACACCCUGGGUUCGGUGUCGUCAAUGGUGACGAUGGAAACAAAUAUGCGAAAAUUGGAGCGCAGAGACAAUACUUUGCACGCUGUAAAUACAAACGAUGAUGGUGCCGGGCAAACUUCGAUUGCUAUUUGCACGAUGACCUUGCUGCUAGGUAGUCAGGGAAUAGUGAAUUGCCAUGGCUCUGCUUCAUGAUGAGCUAAAUGUUCAUCUUGAAAAUGGACGAUAAAAACCAUUCUCUUCUCCACGCAUGAAUUGCGAAACAAAACGAUUAAACUUACCAUGCAGUCGUGAUAACAAACUCAAUCAAAAUUCCCUACGUGCAUUUUGCAUGUAUGAUUGUUAUCGCAUGAUGUGUGCAUUUGUGUGUGUAUCAAUAACAUAUGUGCAAAUGAAUUAGAGAUUGUUGGCAAUUUACACGAAUAUAUUACACAUGAACUUCUAAAGAAAAAAAAUCUCUGAAAGUAUAAUUAAAAGGUAAUUUGUUGAUUAAAACACAAUCACAGAAUUAACUUAACUUACCUUAACAAAAAAGUAAAAUGUAAUCAUAUUGCUAGAUUAUGUCAAUAAUAUAAAGCUGGGCUGGAUUAUAACUGGUCAAAGUCACAUUUAAAAUGGAUAGGAUGCUACGGCUAUAUCCUUCGUGGAAUCUUCAAUCAAUCACAUUUAAAACACAACUUGCUACCGCACUAACUUUGACACUAAGUAAAAUAAGGGUUUCUUUUCUCGGAAGAAAUGUAUUAAUCCUUUUUGCACAUUAUACCUUGCCAAACAGCAAGGAUUCAACAGGGCAACGAUUUAAGGCUAUCGAUACGUAAUAGAUACGACAAAAUUUAAUAACAUACCUCCUGCUGUUGGGUUCCUCACAUUGUCAACGUCCUUACAAUGCUGACGUGACGCACAUAAAAGCAAUGGAGCGCACAGGUUGGAGAAGCAAUUAACUUCCAGCCGUUCGCCUUCCAGCCUACAACUGUCACUCACUCCGCCUAUAAGCUCAAUGGAGAAAAGGAAAAGUUUUAAUUUCCUCUAUCUGAUCAAUCUGCCACCAGGUUGAGUUUCGAUGCGCUUGGUCACAAUUAUCCAAUUCAAACUUGGAAAGAAAGUAAAAAGUUGCUCGUAGCUAAAUGUGACUUUUCUCACACUUGCUUGGAACUUUGCACCGCGCGCAGGCAAUAUAAUUUCGCUGUCACAAUAACAUCCCUAUCAAAACAUUGAACCAGCACGUUCAUUCGCUCGCAAGUAGCGCCGGCCUUUGGACCAUUGAAAGUAUCGGUUGAUCUGUGUCAAAUAACAAGAACCACCACACCAUGUCCGCUUUGGUGCAUCUAGCAAAGGAUCACAUUCAACGCAUCGCCGAUGGUGGCCAGUUUGUGAUCGUCAACGGUAUGGAUCGGUUUAUCGGAUUUUUUGCGUGGGAUGUGAAACUAAACGCAACCUGGCUGAAGAUGACGCUGAUUGUGUUUGCCGUUGGGUACGAAAUCACCGCCAUAGCUGCCAUGGCGCUGGCCUCAGUAAAAGGCGUCUUUACGGAGAGAAGCUUCACUAUGAGCUUCGUCACAAUGACUGGGGCCAUGUGUAUCGUGAUUUGGUUGUCGCUGGCCGCCUUCCGUCGCGAUCUGACCGGAACAGUCAAGUUUCUACAGCAUCGUCAGUGUACUAUUCACAGACAGAGCGCAGCUCGCAAAGCUCUGAUGGACCGUGUCAACCGGUAUCUGUGGCUGUUCUAUCUGCAGAACAUAGCGCAAGUAUUUUUUUGGAUCAACCUCCUAAGGAACUGCAGCCCGUUGGCGGUGUUCGAGCUGUCGCUGCUGGACAGUGUAAAUGUGCUGUUGUACCCACUGGCAAUGACACUUAUGUCAUUGAUGUUCAUUCACACAAUAAUGAUCGUGUCUACGUUGCUAAGUGCCCUAACGCUUGAGUUCUACUGGUUGGGACAAGAGUUUGAGCAGGUGUUUGCCCAGUGCAAUACGUUUGCCGCUACCGCACGGAAGCGUUACUGGGAUGGGCUAAAACGAAGGAUCGACACUUGCGUUAUUGAGCAUCAGCGACUGCUGGGACAGAUCAGCACACUGCGCAACAAUUUGAAACUUUAUCUGCUGCUGAAUCUCGUUGCCGAUUUUUCGCUCAUUACGUUUGCCGGCUGCCAGAUGGUCAUCUCCAGCGAAGGAGAUCAGCAUCUGUACAGUAUUCUUGCUGCGUUGACCGCAUGCCUGAAUAUGCUCAAUUUCGGUGGGUUGUGUGAUUUGCUCAAGAUUCAGGUGCAUGCAAUCAAGUUUCGCUUGUACAGCUCCCAGUGGACGGACUACUUGCGCCCCGUAUCGGGGCCCCUCUAUCCGCGCUGCCGACGCAUCCGGUCCAGCAUACUCAUCGUGAUGACCCGGGCCGAGCACGAGCUGCGCAUCAGUUGUGGCAGCGUCUACGACAUGUCCCUUGCUACUUGCUGGGCCGUGCUACAGUUCAGCUAUUCCGUGUUUACCCUUCUGCUAAGCUUCUUCGAAAACGAACCGAGAGUCCAGUGAGAGAGGUUCCCAGGUUCGAACACAUCGCACUACCUGCUAGCUGGGAAGUGUUCAUGCAUCCGCAUAAUGAGCCCAUUAUUGUUCUGUAUUUUUAGUAAAAGUGUUUUUAAGUGACGGUGUCCAAAAAUAAACACACAAUCACACACACACCACCGGAAGCUGAUCGAGGUCGUAGCACGUGCGUCCAUGGUGAGGCACGUGCUAGAAACACGUCGCGUUGAAUAUAAAUUGAAAUUUUAUCCUUGGCAGCUUGUAGUGCAGCGAAAGUUGUAUGGGUUAGUUUUCAUUCAUGCAACAGUCCCCAAAUAAACGUGAGAUGUAUUCACCACGAAUACCUAGUAGCGAGGUUGAGCGAUAAGAGUUACGAAAUAAAGGAAAACUUAUAUUUUUGCCAUACUGUAA